AUGGCAGAUUUCAAUUAUUUCUUGCUCCAAAUAGCCAAUGAAAUAAAAAGCAUCGAAUUGGCCGACAUGAAGUUUCUAUGCGAAGGAGAUGACACUUUAGCCAGAGGAAAACUUGAGUGCGUCAAGACAGCAAGAGAGCUGUUAAAUUUUCUUAAAGAAAACGGCAAAAUCGGACCGGGAAAAGUCAUGUAUUUGGUAACUGUACUGGACAGAGUAAACCUCGUUCAGCUUGCUGAGAGAGUCAUGGAGGACGGUAAGAAGAGUAUAUUCAGUGUGUUUUUUUAACAUUACCUCUUAUGAAAUGAUUCGGAUAAGGAGUUCGUUUAUGUUAGCUUAUGCUGUAAUCCUUGUUCUAACCUAACCGUUUCCUGUUGUUACGGUUAGAAUACUUGGUCAGUUCAUGUUCAAUUCAAAGACUGAUUCCAUAGUGUCGAACUCUGUGAGCGCCAGCAUCAAUAAACGCAUCGAAGUGGAAAUAAAAGCGAAACUGAAUACUAGCCUGAAAUUAAUCCGAUUGCUUCGAGUCGUUUUCUCCUCUCAACAAGUAAAAACGACUCGAAGUAAUCGGAUGAAAUUCAGGCUAACUGAAUACAUAAUUGCAUAUUCUUCUUUCUUCGCGGGCACCCGUCUGGCGGCAGGCGGGGGGACCAAUUUUUCGAGAAUGGAACUCACUAAGGCAUCGAAGCGCAAAUAAAAAUAAAAGACCCGCAUCGAAACAAAAGACGCGAAAAAAAAGAAAUCGAAAUAAAAGACACGCAUCGAAGCGGAAGUAAAAGCGAAACUGUUUAAUACAUAAUUGCAUAUUCUUCUUUCUUCGCGGGCACCCUUCUGGAGGCAGUCGGGGGAACCAAUUUUUCGAGAACACAGAACUCACAGAACUCACUGAACUCACUGAACUCACACUUACAGAACUCACUGAAGACUACAAACGGGCCUCUGAGACUACGGAAGCGGUCGUUUUAAAACCCUUUAGCAAGAGCUCAUUUUCUCUUGCUUUAGUAAUUACUUUUCGGAUUUAAGACCGUGGGACUACAGAUUAAGUCGCUUCACUUUAAACUUACAGUGCUUCUUCGACUAGACUACUGUGGAACUCAUCAGUUCAUAUAACACUUCCUCAAGAACACCUGAAAUAUAUCAGGAAGAAAAGUCUGAACUUUUAUGGUUUGUUUCCCCAACACAAACAUCUAAAGCAUGAGAACUGUUCUUUUUUAAUUUUCUUUUAUUCGUGUGCAUUUUACCGCGCGCAAUUUAUCACAAGACGAAGGGCAAAUUUCUUUUAGAAUCAGUGACCUACAGUAGGAAAACAAAAUGGUCCAUUACAGGUUAAUACAGCUUCUUUUUCUCACUCCCGUUUGACGUUUUCCCCCAAAUUUUCCAUGCAACUGUUCAUUCUUUAUAAAAGUAGAAGGAAAGGAUACGUGUAAACAGGCACACUAGUACCGCGGAACCAAAGGAGAACUUGACUCAUCACUGAAUAUCGCUCCAAGCUAAUGUAUUCUGCUUCUGCUACGGUGCGAACGACUUCGUAACCGCUACAAACCAUACCAAAGAGAAAAAAGUUGUGGUUGUAUUAUAGCAAAGAACAUAACACAACAAGCAACUACGUGUAUCUUUUUUUUCUCUUACAGAGCAGAACACAAAAGAGCAAGAGCAGAGCAGAAGCCAACAGAACACAAAACAUCAAAAAAAUGAAAAUUAGCUUUUGUUACUGUAAAUCCUGUCUACCCCCUGCCCCUCUCCACUCCGGCAUUUCAACUAACUCUCCCACUGUAAAUUACUCUCCUCUCCCCCCUUAUUAUUAAUCAAAAAAUAAAUUGUUCACUAUAUUAAAUAUUAUUCAUGACUAAACUAUGACUCCAUGUGAACCUAUCUGAUAUGGUUAGUGCUGGAAUGUCAGUUUUGCCUCAAAAUUGCUCCCAGGGUGCUGUUAAAGUAUUAAGGAUAAUUUGUCAAAAAAAGAAGAAGAAGAAGAAGAAGACAAUUGUAAAUAAAAAAAGAAAAAAAUUGAGGAAGUUUAGUAGUUUCUUUUCAUAUUACAUAAAUAUUCAGGGCUGUGCUCUAGCAGUACCCAAAAGCCCCUGGCACCCUCUUUUUGCUCUUGAGAAAUGA